CCUUCUUCAUGCACAAUUGAUUGUCCCAACCAAUCGAGUGAGACACAGAGAUUGACCUCCUUCGCAGCUUUCCAUCAUCCACUUAGACAUUCACUGCCAGCCCGGCUCUUUUACCUCUUCGACUUACACCGCUCGGCGCGCCUACGCACUAAUUUUGCCGACUCCUACCUACCUACCUACCUUGACACACUCUCUUUUGGACUUUACCGAAUUCUCGCGACAAACGCUCUUUCCUUCAUAUUCUCAGUAACGUCACUGACCUACCUCGGGUGACCUCUGCGACGUAAUUCUUCUCCAGCCACUCGCAAUCCCAGCCACCUAAUCUUGCGACAACGCUCGCGAGCCAAUGGCGAUAUAAUGAGCGCGACUCCCACGAACCGGCUCAGACUGACGCCGGGAAACUCUCCUUACCUCCAACAACGAUCUAAUCGAACCCCCAUCCGAGGGCGCCUACCCCACGAGUCCCGGCUUUCCCUCAAACGAGUCAUUGGCACCACCUGCGCCUCGCCCACAGGCUUCGAUACCGUAAAUUCCUCCUUUGCCUACAUAGCAGGCGGCGCCGUCGUUGUUGUCGAUGUCGACGGUGAACACUAUGCCCAGCGCUUCUACCGAGCACGCCCCACUGCGACACCCGUGUACGGCUCGACGACUUUACUGAACAACUACUCGGCGCCUUCGACACCAAAGGCCAACGACAGCAGGAACCGCGCCGCGAUUGGGAUCCGGGAAUCGCAAAGUUGGAACGACUCGCCGGGAUCAACAUGGACCAGCCGCGAGCGCAUCAAGGCGGCAACAUGCCUCGCGCUGAGUAGAGAUGGCAGAUAUUUGGCAGUCGGAGAGACGGGUUACGCUCCUCGUGUGCUCAUCUUCAACCUAGAAGACGCAUCCUCUGACGUUCCGUUGGUCUCUAUCAGCGAGCAUGGUUUCGGUGUGAAUGCGGUCGCAUGGUCGGUGGAUACCAGGUGGCUUGCUUCUCUGGGUACCGCCAACGACGGAUUUCUCUACAUCUGGAGAAUCGACCCCCGUACUGGUGCUGCGAAGCUGUACCAGCAGAACAAGUGUACCUCCACCAUAAAGGGCAUGGUUUGGAUGGGCAGCAGCCUUAUCACGCUCGGCGUGCGACACAUUAAGAUUUGGAAAGUCGAGGAAACUCAGACUUCUUCUCCUCUGAAGACGAGAUUCAACGAGGCCGUUUCCACGCCCCAGAAAGUCCUCAACGGUCGCAACGUACUCCUCGGAUCUUUGCUGGAUGGCACCUUCAAUUGCGCGGCAGUCGUUGACGAAACGAGCAUCAUAAUUUGCUCUGAGGCUGGCGACGUUUGUGUGGUGGAGGAUGACGGCAAACAGACAAAACUCAUCAAGUCACUCACGGUCGACUUUCCGAUCACCUCCAUCACCAUCAGACAUGCCACUGCAUAUCUGUCAGGAAAGGCCGGCCAAUUCGCGACUCUCAGCGUCAAGGCUGUCCUCGACAGCCUCCCGGACAGUGUCCUGUCGAAAAGCAUCGCGCCCGCUGGUCUGGUAGCCAUGGGUUUCUUGACAGAAAACCUGGUAACUAUCGACGAGAAGCACACUGUAGAUAUUUGGAGCUCGAGCUAUCAGCCGGGCCAAACGCUGGAUGACCCGUCGCACGUUUCUAUACCAGGACAUGGAGACCAGAUCUUGGGCAUUCAAUCAAUGCCAAAGCCCAACGACCAAGGUGCAGAUUUCUUUACGUGGUCUGGCUCUGGCAAGGUCAUUUUCUGGGACAUGAAGGGCAAAAUCAAGUGUUCCUUAGAUGUGCCCAUUGAACAGGUUAUCCCUGAGAGUGAGAUGGACCCCGUCAAUCAGCUCAAUGUGGUCCGAGCGACUAGGGCCGGGAAGAUGCUUGUAGCAGCCGACAAGUUUGGCGUUCUCAGGAUAAUUGACCUGUCUACGAAGGAAUGCUUGCUCGAGACGAAGGCCCAUUCGUCCGACUGCCAAGGCGUCAGCAUUUAUGAGGAUGACAACAAGUUUUUUCUGGCUACUUGCGGAAGAGAUCGGACUGCGCAGCUAUUUCACCGCACGUCAGGUGGAGAGUUCCGGCAUUUCCAAACGCUGGAAUUUGCUGCUAGGGUCGUUCAAGUGCUAAUUCCAUCCGAGGAUAAGAUAAUGACUUGCUCCAUGGAUAGGACACUACAAACCUACGACAUCGUCUGCAAAGAGGAUGAGGAAGAUGAGCUUGCUGCUCUUCCUUCAAGGGCAAAUACCCUGAAGGCAGCGCCAACGUCAUUCGUCCUUGGCCAGGAUGAAAGAACUGCCUUCGUCUCCAUGCUGGACAGGUCAGUCUGCCAAUAUGAUCUUUCCAACGGCAGACUCCUCAACUGCUUCAAGUGUGUUGACGAGAGCGGAGCCGAGACUGCGAUCCUGGAGUCUCUCAUCUUCACUCAGCCUCCCGGUAAAGAGUCGGGCUUUUUGCUGGGCAUAUCGAACACGGACAAAUCCGUUCGUCUCUAUGACGCUCACUCCGGUCACUUUGUAGACAGAGAAUGGGGUCACACAGAGGCCAUCAAUGGCGUUACAUUAACUGACGACGAAGAUGGCUGCCAGAGAGUCAUCAGCGUAGGAUCUGACGGGACCGUGAUGCUUUGGUCCAUGGAAGCGGAUGACACCGCUCCUUUGUCUACCAGCAGAGAUCCAUCUCCGAUGAAGGACGGGUCCGCUUCCACCAGACCACCACUACGACGAGUCCUCUCCAAAGCAGAGCUCGCUGAGUUUCAGCGCCCAUCCUCCGCUCAGGGUGGCCGACGCUCUCCACCCAGGACUAUCCGGAGUAGGAAUUCUCGGUAUGGCCUGAGCAACAACAGCGUCAGCACGCCCAAAGCAGGCAUGCAAAGCAGCCCGCUAGCUGAGGAUACGCCAUCCCGACGCUCGUCCGGGUCUGGCAGCCCGCCCAUCAGUCCGAAGUCGAGGGCAUCUAGGCGACCCUCGCUUCCGUCUUUGGGCCUGCCGCCGAAGAAGAGCUCACCCAAUUUGCGCGGAUUCGGCAGCCUGAACAUGGCCACAGAGCAGGCUUGCCGUACGUUGAGGGCUUAUAGAAAGAAGCUCUCCUCCGCGGAGCCACUAAGCGAAGACGUCAUCUUUGAAAUCGACCAAGAGCUGCGCCUGACAGCGGCUGCGCUCGGCGACAGGGCCUCGAGAACCAAAGCCAUGCAUGACUCAGCCCUCCUGAGCGGUCUUCUAGACCAGUAUGAGGAGCGCCUGGCCUCCAUGCUUGACGAAAAGCUACGGAAUACUUUCCAAGGCAGGGAAGUGCAGACUCCCAGCGAGGAGCGCGAAGAGAGCUCCUGGCCGUACGGCCUGACACCGCCGGCGGCGAAACCACCUCUACGUCAUUCUCUUAACAAACUCACAUUGUAUUUUUACAUCAACCUUUCCUACCCGCAUUGUACAACACUUGCUGGAUAUAACGGCGUUAUCUGGAGAAGACCACUGGCGUUUGGGGGGAUACUAAUCAUCGAUCUACUUUACAGCGCAAAGUCCACAUGUGCUCGGCCUUGGACUCUGGGGAUAUCGCAGGUGGAAAAGGGGCAUCGAAACUCCCACUUUUGAAUUGUCGGCAAAUCUUGUCUAUUUGUUUACCCGUCACUCUUUCGUCACAGCAGCAGCGACUUUUUUUCCUUUGGUUCUAUUUAUCUUCAACUUGCGAGAGAGACACCCGUCACACAUAUUCAGAGAUAACGGAGUCCUGCGGAAGCAGGGGCGGCGAAUUGGAGCCAGGAGUUUUCAAAUGUGCCCAAGGACAUAAUGGGACUGAACAGCGGGAGGGGCCAGGGGAGGUCAGG